GCCAUUCGAGUGCUUUUUGAGGUUUAAGUGUUUUUUCAAUUUUUUCUCUGUGCUGUUUUUAAUGUAGCAUUUCUUUAAUGACUUUUAAUUUUCCUUGGUCGUAGAUACACUACAAGGUAUUCUUCAGUGGCAAGUCUGGCAAGGACCAUGGCACGCUGUGUGCCAACAUGACAAAGUUAAGUUGUGACAACGCACAAAAAGAAACACAUUUGCUCCAAUCAUCGUCUUUUGUAAUGUGUUUCAAUAACAAUUGCACCACUUUCCACUAUAGAGUGACCCCCUGCAAAUCGGGUCUAUGAAUUGACAAGUCUGGUGCAGCAAUGCCAAGCAGGGUCCCCGUGCUGACUACAAUGCCUACAAGCACUUCUUCACCACUGACACAACUGCACUUUUCCUAGCGGCUGCUGUGGAUCUCUUUGGGUUAAAAGAUGUUGACGGUAACUGCUGUUAUCUAACAAUAUUUACCUAUUUUGUGUAGCUUGUGGAUCAUCCUUUAAAUGCAACUGAACAUAUGAUUUCUCCUGUGUUAUUUAGAAAUACCAGAUUCGUUUGUACCAGAGGAAAUACAAUCUGCUGCACCUGACUUAAGGAGAGCCUGGUUACAUGAAAGAACAUCUGAGGUGGUGGACAAGUGCAUCAUGCUUGGGGAUGUGCCACAGGCUGUUGCUGGUGUCACUGAAUCCCCCCUGAGCUCUACUCAUAAGAAACAUUAUCCCUGUAGAGCUCACGGUUGUCAACAAAGUUACACCUAUCUCAAAUCCCGAGACAACCAUGAGCUUAAAAAGCAUCACAUACAGAUGUCUUUGACAGAACUGCAUGAACACACACCAUCUUCCAACCGUGAUCACAAACAAGAACACACCUUGGCGCGGCUUAGCUUUGGGUUCUUUCUCAUGGACAUGUUGGAUGCUGUUAAAGAGGGUGAUGGGGAGAGACUAAUGAGGUUGUACAGGGUAGCCCUACUGUAUUACAAAGCAUACGGUCACAGCCAUUAUGCCUACAGUACCUUUCUACUGACGCUGCAGGUAAACGCAUCUCUGACACCCCAGAUGGCACACAGGGUAACCUGGAACAGGUUUUGGAGCACCCGGGGUGGGAAGGGUUGCAACAUACCCCUUGAUCUUCAUCUGGAACACCUGAAUAACUUCCUCAAGUCUUUCCUGAAGGGUCUGGGUCCAAAUUUGUCUGAAGAAGCAGCACGUCGGGUCAGUCAGUGCAUUGGUGUUUUUAGAGGAAUGAUGGACAAAGUAGAUGGAGAGUUGGGUGUCAAAAGUCCAACUGGCACCCAUCGUGCUGCACAGCAAGAAACUGAUGUUUUAACACUGGUAGAGGUUUUCAAGGAGGAGCAGUUGUUUAAAGUUAUUCAUGGUAGACAGUUUCAGGCCUUCCCAGGCUUUGAUCAAAAUCUUCUGCGGAUUAAACAUAAAGAUCUCUGGCAGUGGAUGAACGGAAAACUGAAGGAGUGGAGAAAUCGGAAAAUAUGAAGGACACACUUUGAAACACUAUAAGGU